UGAACACAAGAGCGAAGGAAUCCUCCGACGACAGCAAAAGAUAUGGCGCACGCGACGGUCGCCCUCCCGUUCUUAAAGAAGAACCGCAAUGAUUUGAUGAUGCUCGAUGGAGACAACCUAGAGGGCAACUCGGUGGACCAGUUUGCAUCUCCCAGCAGCUUCCUUCUUCCUCCCGUCGCAGAUCCAGCGCUGUAUUGCCGAACCAACUUGAAAAUCGCGUACCACGAAGACAACGACCAGACACUGAAAUUCGACAAAGGGACGACAACAUUGGCGUUUUGCUUUAAGGGCGGUAUUUUGGCUGCCGUGGACUCGCGCUCGACGCAAGGACCGUACAUUGCAUCACAAUCCGUGGACAAGAUCAACGAAAUCACGCCGUACAUGUUGGCUACGAUUGCCGGUGGUGCGGCCGACUGUCAAUACUGGCAACGAAACUUGGCCGUUCAGUGCCGUAUGUAUGAGCUUCGCAACCGCCACCGCAUCUCGAUCCGAGCGGCGAGCAAAUUGAUUGCCAAUACGUGCAACUACUACAAGGCAUACGGUCUGUCGUUGGGCAUGAUGAUGAUGGGGUACGAUAACGGCGAGCCGACCUUGUAUUACGUCGACGACGAGGGCUCCCGCAUGCGCGCCAGCAAGGACAAGCCAAAGUUCUCGGUCGGGUCCGGCAGCACCUACGCGUACGGUGUGUUGGAUACGCACUACCGCUGGGACCUCGAAGACGACGAAGCCAUCAAGUUGGGACUGAGUGCGAUCUACCAAGCCACGUACCGAGACUCGUAUUCUGGUGGGCUCUGCCGCGUCUACCUGUUCAAACCGGACGGAUACCGAAAGGUCCAAGACGUGGACGUAAAGGAAUUGCAUGAGCAGUUCAACGGCCGCCAUUAAUGCGAUGGCUUGGUCUCUCCCCAAGGUGAACAUGCCAUCGAGGUCAUGCACGUUGCAUUCGAUCAGCUAGAGUCACGUAAGCUCUAAUGCAAAAUAUCCUCCAUGCAUCA